UAGAUAGAUAGACAGACAGACAGACAGACAGACAGACAGACAGACAGACAGACAGAUAGAAAGAUAUGCGAAACAUGUGUAGGUAAAUUAUUCACAACAAAUUGGAAGGUACACACAGCGUACAUGGACAACAUUUUCAUCUUGCUUGUACUUUCACUUUUAACAUGUGCUUCAAAUGAUCACUCUUUAAAGUUACUUUUGACGUACAUUCCGGGAGAAAAACAAUUCCCUGAAUAUAGUAUAGUUACUGUUUUGGAUGACAUCAUAGUGGGAUACUACAAUUCAAAAGUUUAUAUUCCAAGAGGAAAUACUACAAAUGAAGAUGAUGUUAUUGAAUUAAAAUACAUGAAUGAUAUAAUUGACUAUAUGCAUUACUCCUUUAAAAGAAGAUCAUAUGUAUUAACACAAUACAACAGUUAUGGAGUUUACCAAACGCUGGUUCAAUGUGAGCUGCUGAAUACUCAACCUGGAAAGAUGAUCAUCAAAGAUGCUGCUGGAGGCUUCACAACAGAUGAGCUGACUUACAUUAACAACAACUUUACUUAUUUUGUUAAUACGAGUCAUUCACAGGAGCUGCUCAAACCCCACUUAGAAGAAUUUAAGGACACAUUAAAGGCGUUUUUUUAUCCAACAUGCAUAAGAACUCUCGAAAAUUAUCUUAAAACAAGAGCAGAUCAAAUCAAAAGUCUGAAAAAACCCAAUGUCAAGUUUGUUCGCAAAGCAAACACAGCAUCUGGAAGUUUUCAGGCAAUUUGUCUGGCAACAGGAUUUUACCCUCGACACAUCAACCUGACCCUGUUCAGAGAUGGACAGCCUGUAUCUGAUGAUAAGAUCAAUGGAGGAGAUCUGCUGCCCAAUGAUGAUUGGACGUACCAGAUGAGGAAGAGUCUGAAGAUCAGCGAAGAAGAAAAGAAAGAGAAACACAAUUACACCUGCACCGCCACACAUCUCAGUCUGGACAACAAACUGGAUGUUGGGCUGACUGAUAAUUUAGAUAAUGAUGACCAUUAUCUAUUUUACAUCAUUGGAGCUGCUUGUGUUGUUAUGCUAUUGACGGUUGGCAUUAUUUUGGCAAUCUGCCUGAAAUGCAGAUAACGGAG